GGAGCGCACACCCGCUGGCCCAGAAGCCACUUUGAGCUGCAAGGCUGAAACCUGCUGGGACGCCAAGUCUUCUUCCCGCGGAACAUGGGUGACAUGGGAGACCCUCCUAAAAAGAAGCGCCUGGUGUCCCUGUGCGUGGGCUGCGGCAACCAGAUCCACGACCAGUACAUCCUGAGGGUCUCUCCGGACCUGGAGUGGCACGCAGCCUGCCUGAAGUGCGCCGAGUGCAGCCAGUACCUGGACGAGUCCUGCACCUGCUUCGUCAGGGACGGCAAGACCUACUGCAAGCGGGACUACGUCCGGUUGUACGGCAUCAAGUGCGCCAAGUGCAACAUCGGCUUCAGCAAGAACGACUUCGUGAUGCGGGCCCGCGCCAAGGUUUACCACAUCGAGUGUUUCCGCUGCGUGGCGUGCAGCCGCCAGCUCAUCCCGGGGGACGAGUUCGCUCUGCGGGAGGACGGACUCUUCUGCCGGGCGGACCACGACGUGGUGGAGCGGGCCACGCUGGGCCACGGAGACCCGCUCAGUCCGCUGCACCCCGCCAGACCUCUGCAGAUGUCCGAGCCGCUGAGCGGCCGGCAGUCCGCCCUGCGGCCGCACAUCCACAAGCAGCCGGAGAAGACGACGCGUGUGCGGACGGUGCUGAACGAGAAGCAGCUGCACACGCUGCGCACGUGUUACAACGCCAACCCGCGGCCCGACGCGCUGAUGAAGGAGCAGCUGGUGGAGAUGACGGGACUCAGUCCGCGCGUCAUCAGGGUCUGGUUCCAGAACAAAAGGUGCAAAGACAAGAAGAGGAGCUUGCUCAUGAAGCAACUGCAGCAGCAGCAGCCCAACGACAAGACGAACAUCCAAGGUCUGACGGGAACGCCGAUGGUGGCGGCGAGUCCCGAGCGCCACGACGGCCUGCAGGUGAACCCGGUGGAGGUCCAGAGCUACCAGCCGCCGUGGAAAGUUCUCAGCGACUUUGCUCUGCAGAGCGACAUCGAUCAGCCGCCCUUCCAACAGCUGGUGACAUUUUCGGAGGGCGGGCCGGGUUCCAACUCGACGGGCAGCGAGGUGGCGUCCAUGUCGUCCCAGCUGCCCGACACGCCCAACAGUAUGGCGUCCAGCCCCGUGGAGGCCUGAGCGGGCGGCCGCUGCCUUGCUGGAGGGCGGCGGCGUCGCCGUGAAGACAAUCAUGGAUUUGUACCGACCAGCCCAGACUUUUGGACGCUGGGCUUUCUUUGCCAAAACGGAAG